AUGGAGCGCACACUACAAUUGGGGUUACUCGAGACGUCCGACUCGCCCAGCGCGCAGUGGCACAGCGAUCGCCGCGCACGCACCAUGUCGGCCGCUCUCUUCACGCGCAAGGAGCUCGAGGGCCGCAACACUCGCGACGACGCCGUCAUCGUGAUCGACAACGUGGUCUACGACGUCACCGCCUUCUUGGACGACCACCCGGGCGGCAUGGAGGUGCUGCUCGACAACGCGGGCAAGGACGCGUCGCAAUGCUUCCACGACGUGGGCCACAGCGACGACGCGAAGGAGUGGCGCAAGAGGUUCCAGAUCGGCGAGGUGGUGGCGGAGGAGAGGCUGGAGCCGUACCGCCGCCCCACGCACGACGCCGACCAGCCCCGCGACGAGCUCACGCUGAGCGGCAUCCUGCAUGUGUGGGCACCGCCGCUAGUGCUCUCGGGAAUAGCGAUACUCACCUACGUGUUCCUACUGUCC